GUACCUCAUUGUGAUUGACGAUGUAUGGACAAUACGAGCAUGGGAGGCAAUCCAAUUUGUGUUGCCAGAGAACAAUUGUGGCAGCAGAAUCAUCGUGACCACUCGGAUAGAAACGGUGGCCAAAUCAUGCAGUCCUGCAAGUGUUAGCGGACAUGGCAUCCAUCAAAUGGAGCCCCUCAAAUUGGAAGAUUCUAAGAAGUUGUUCCUCAGCAGAGCAUUUGGCUCCGUAGAUGCCUCUUACCCUGAGGAGCUUCAAGAUGUAAUGGGCAAUAUUUUGAAAAAAUGUGGUGGACUACCAUUGGCCAUUGUUAGCAUUGCAAGCGUUCUAGUUGGCUACAGAUCAUCAGGAAGCAAAGAUAAGUGGGAAACAAUUAGCAAAUCAAUUGGUUCUCAGAUGAAGAGCAACCCUACCCUUGAGGGGAUGAAGCAUAUAGUCACACUCAGCUACAACCACCUACCUCACGAGCUCAAGGGUUGCAUAAUGUACCUUAGUAUCUUCCCGGAGGAUUAUGAGAUCAACAAGGAUCGACUCUUGACAAGAUGGAUCGCCGAAGGAUUAGUUCCUGAGAAGCGAGGCUUGACUGUAAUGGAGGUUGCAGAAUCCUACUUGGACGAGCUAGUGAGCAGGAACAUGGUUGUACCACAUUUUGGCUAUGAUGGUAAGGUGGAGUCAUGCCGGGUGCACGACAUGCUUCUUGAGGUCAUGGUGUCCAAGUCCCUGGAGUGUAACUUCAUCAGCCUGCUAGGAGGGCAAUAUGCAGCCAUGUCAUAUGACAGGAUCCGUCGCCUCUCCAUCCAAGGGGGUGACGACAUGAGGCCCCAGGGUGCACAGCAGCACAAGAAGAAGAUGACUGGGCACGGCAUUGGGGGAAUGGAUGUGGAGCAUGUUCGAUCGUUGAGCAUGUUUCAGCUCCAGACGCACAAGCUGCUCGAUCAUCUAGACAAGUUGUCGCUGCUGAGGGUACUUGACCUGGAAGAUUGCGAGGGCCUAACAAACGAUCAUAUGAGAUACGUUUGCAGGUUGUACCUACUCAGGUUCUUGAGCGUGAAGGGUACAAAUAUCAGCAAGAUGCCUCCUCAAGUCGGAAAGCUAGAGCACUUGCAGACUCUUGAUACACGUGGCACAUGCCUUGGCGGGCUACCAGAAACUAUAACCAACUUGGAGAACCUUGAGCGCAUACAUUUCAGAAACAAGCAUGAAUGGCACCUUAUGUGGAAUCUGCCCCGGGGGCUCAGGAAGAUGAAGGCACUACGGGAGGUCGGUUUUGCAUUUCUCAGAAAUGACGUCCAAGUUGUCCGAGAGCUGGGUGAACUACAACAACUUCAAAGUUUAGCUAUGUACGUUGAAGACAGCAAGGAUGACGCCGAGGUUCUCCAAGAGUUUGCCCUGUCCUUGAGUAAGCUAUACUCCCUCCGGCACCUCGACAUAUCAAAUAUGAAUACUACAAAUGGAAAGAUGACAUUUCUCUCUAACCUCCCCACGUCGCCACGACUCCUCCGACACCUUAGGAUCGAGGGCGUCCUCGAUGAUGGGUUGCCUAGCUGGAUCGGGUCACUCACAUACCUUGUUGAGUUCACAAUCAUGCGCACAAGGCUUGUUGGUGACCAACUAUUCGGUGUCCUGUGUAAGUUGCCCAACCUGAAGAGCAUCUGUAUGGAUCAGGACUUCUGCAACGACGAAGUCUUAGUUGUGCGCAAAAGCCACAACUUCCCGGUGCUCAGCAACCUGAUGGUGACCGAUAAACCACAAAUUCCCAAAGUUUUCCAAUUUGAGCAAGGAUCCAUGACACGGCUUGAAACACUUCAAAUAGGAUUCAGUAAUGCGGAGCGGAGCAUUAUCGGCAUCGAGCACUUGACCAAGCUCAAAGAGGUACAGCUCACAGGUAACAAGCACAGCCCUUCACUACGCCGUGCACUCGAUCAGCUCAAGGCUGAGAACACAAGGCGCCCCCAGUCCAAUCAGCUCCAAGUUGUGGUGAAGUACUACUAGUGAUCGCUCUGUUUGCUGCUCUCUUUCUUCCAGACAUCAAAAUUAUUAGUUCCGCUUGUUUAUUUGUAUAUGUGCUGCUUUUCCUUUCGUCCAAUGUAUUUCUUAGUUCGAGUCACGUGGUAUACUUACUGUUGGAGAUUUCGUUUGAAAAUAAAGUAUUUAUUUGUAUUAUACUUACUGUUCGAGUCGCUCUUACUUGAUCAGAGUGAAGGGGUUGUAAUACUUGUUCGUGAUACUGAUA